AUGGAAAGCAACAAGAGAAUUAAGCUCGAUAUGAAACAAGUGUGUACUCAUUCCGGCUCUUUCCAUGCCGAUGAAUCAUUAGCUGUCUAUAUGCUUCGUUUACUUCCUCAAUGGAAGGACAGUAAAUUGGUGAGAUCCAGAGACCCUGCCGUUUGGGAGGAAAGCGACAUUGUUAUUGAUGUUGGUGGGAAAUAUGACGGUGUUAAGUUCUUUGACCAUCAUCAACGUGGAUUUGAAGAAGUUUUCGGUCAAGGAUUCGUUACCAAGUUGUCAUCUGCUGGUUUAAUUUACAAGCAUUUUGGUAAAGAGAUUAUUUCUGAAAUCACUGGUGUUACAGACACCAAAGACUUGGAUUUGUUAUACAAGAAAGUCUAUGGCGAGUUUAUUGAACUGUUGGAUGCCAACGACAACGGUAUUAACAACUACGAUGCUAGUGUUGAGCCAAAGUUCAAGGAUAAGUGUAUCACGUUACCUCGUUUGGUCAGUCAAUUGAACCCUAGAUGGAAUGAAAGUAGUACAGAUGCUGAUUUUGAUAGACAAUUUGGCUUAAGUAGUGAAUUGAUGGGUACUAGUUUUGUCAACUAUGUUGUUGGAUUAGGAAAAGGAUGGCUACCAGCCAAGUCCAUUGUUUCAGAUGCCUUUGAUGCUCGUUUUGAAAUUGACCCUAGUGGAGAAAUUUUGGAGUUAAGCCAAUUUUGUCCAUGGAAGGAACACUUGUAUCAUGUUGAGAAGAACAAUAAUAAAGAGGGCCAAACAAAGUUUGUUAUCUUUGCUGAUUCUUCAGGCAAAUAUAGAGUUGCCACCGUUUCUAUCACCAGUACACUGUUUGAAUUCAGAAAGGGUUUACCAGAAAGAUUAAGAGGAUUAAGAGACGAGGAAUUGAGCAAAGAAAGUGGCAUUGAACAAUGUAUUUUCGUUCAUGCUAGUGGAUUUAUUGGUGGCACCCAUACACGUGAAGGAGCACUUGCCUUGGCUAAGUUAGGAUUAGCGGAAUAG